AAACAUAUGUUCGUCCUUUAUGAAGGGGACCAGCCAAGAUUUUGGACUGGAGGAGAUCACGUGAGAAAGCUGCCAAAGUUUUAUGACCAGGGAGUGCCCGAAUUCGACAUUUUGUGACCAGUUGGGCACCUAAAAGAUUUUUGUUUAUGUCGUGGGAGUGGGAAUGUGGCCAUAAAAUAAAGGAUUGGCUUGCAAAUCGAUCAAGAAUCGAUCAAGAUUUGUCAACCGAUUGUACCAAUUCGAUACGAGAUCAAAGAACCGAAGACCGACGAAUGGCUGAAAUUGAUUAUUGUCCUUUUAUGGAACUGACCAUAAAUCGUUUGGUCAGGCUUGUUAAGACGAACCAAGGACCAAAGAAAUGAGCCAUGGCAGAGAAACCUUGAGAUUGGAAUGCCAGAUAAGAACGAUUCAUUAGGAAAGGACCACAUCUGGCCAGUCAUAAAACAGGGUUAACGUCGAAAAUGGACAAUUGGACAAUCGAGCAACGAUACCCCGCGUAGAAAGCAGGAGAGGACAUACUCCCUCCUAAGGACCAUUAAGGAUGGAAGGACAACCAACAUAGCCGAAAUUAUAAAAACGAAUGGAAAACGGAGAAUCAGGGGCAGUCGGUCAAAAAGGCAGAAGGAGAUUAGAGUCGAACGAUUGGUGAAGUAACGACGUAAGACAGUAAGAAGUGAUUCAGAAGAAGAAAGAAUUGGUGUUCCAACAACCGCGUGGGAAUUAGAUAGAAGACAAAGAUUCCCAUUGCAAGCAGCAUCCGUAAGACAGAAAGCGGAUGAAGAAGUUCGAUGCCGACACAGUCAUAGAGUUGACCUGUUGUCAAAGAAGAAGUGUGUGGAGUAAGAAGAACCUCCACUACCGAAUCCCGAUAAAGAGGUAGAAACCCGAUCGGUAGACAGUUGGAAUAAAACCACCAAUUAAGAUCAUCAUCAUCAUUAUUGCAGUAACAACGUCUUAUAAUUUUAUUAUAAGUGCUAAACGUCGUGUAUUAAUAUAAUUUGUGUGUGCUUACUAAAUUGUGUAAAUAAAAUCCUUUUCUUUUCGUUGUUGAGUUGAUUAUUUUCGGAAGGCCAGAUAUCAUUUGGGCUUCCGGUCUACUAUUUCCAUCCAGUGGAUCGGUCUAGGCGGCGGCUCAAAGUCAACCAUAGUUUCGCACAUGACAUAUAAAUAGACAAUGAAUCAAAUUUAAAGCAGACAAUUUGACAAUCAAAUCAAAACUAUACAUUGAAAACAAACAUGUCUUCAUCAAGUGGUAAAAAAUACGAUUUCAGCGGUAAAGUUGCUCUGGUUACAGGUUCCAGUUCUGGGAUCGGUGCUGCAAUUGCUGUACAAUUUGCACAAUAUGGUGCUAAACUAACAAUUACCGGUCGUGAUGGUGCAGCUUUGGAAUCGGUGGCCAAAAAAAUCGAAAUUGAAAGUGGACAUCAACCAUUGCAAAUUGUCGGUGAUCUUCUUGAUCAAUCUUUGCCAGCCAAAUUGAUUAAUGAAACUGUUUCCAAGUUUGGACGUUUGGAUUUUCUUGUAAACAAUGCCGGUGGUAGUACAGCUCAUCGCGAACUCAACGAUGAAAAAUUGAUGGAAGCUUUUGAUAAAGUUUUCGCUCUAAAUGUUCGUGCUGUCCUUCAAUUAAGUCAAUUAGCUGCAAUACAUUUGGAGAAAUCCAAGGGUAAUAUCAUCAACAUUUCAAGUAUUGUUUCUAUGAAGCCGUAUGGACAUGUAUAUAGUUCAUCGAAAGCAGCACUGGAUAUGAUUACCAAAACAUUAGCUAAAGAGCUAGGACUAAAAGGUGUCCGAGUCAAUUCGAUUAACCCCGGACCUGUUGCAACUGGUUUCCUCCGUUCGGUCGGAAUGUCAGCUACAGCCUAUACGGAUUUAGCAGAUACUAUGAUUAAUCAUACCUUGUUGAAAUUCUUAGCACAACCUGAUGAAAUUGCAAAUCUAGCUUCAUUCUUAGCAUCUGAUGAUGCUCGUAACAUGACUGGUUCAAUUGUUGUUAGCGACACCGGAUCAUUGUUGGUAUGAAAAACCCAACAAAAAUAACUACAAUGAGAAUAAUAAUUGAUUUAAAUCAUGAAUGAUGAAAUGUAUUCUUGAACAUAUAAUUGUAUACGUGAACGUCAUAAAUGUUUAAUUUUUUUAGCUUUUUCUUGUUAAUCAAUAAAAAUUUUUUCUUGAUCAACAA